UUCAGAGCCGAGAUGAGUGUAAGAGAAGACAUGCUUGGAUGGGGAAUAGAUGAUGCGAUGUGCUAAACAGUAAGGGCUUCAGAUACAAGAAAACAGACAACUCUGGAGAAAAAGACUCAAAGAAAACAUUCAGUAAGGAUUAAGAACAACCUUGGAUCCAUUUGACUGGGACACUUACAGUGAAAGAGACCAAGAGGUCUAGGACACUCCUUUGCAUCUCAGAUCUGCGCAGCAUCUGCCAACCCAUCACGUGAUGCUGCUGUAUCUUCUGUUCUGGACAAGUUUCUUUCUGUUGUUUACAAAUGGUGAAAGAGGGUUUUCUGGAAAUCAGUAUGGAGAAUGGAAUGAUUCCCAACUUCAGCCCACAAUACAGAAGCUGAUGAAAGGAUAUAACCGAUACUUGAGGCCAAACUUUAAUAAGGGUCCUGUUGAAAUCGGAAUGAGUUUGGAUAUCGCCAGUAUAGAUGCCAUUUCUGAGAUUAACAUGGACUACACAGCCACUAUUUUUCUAAGGCAACGAUGGCGAGAUUCCAGGCUUGUAUUCCCUGGAAAUGAAAGUGUGAGUCUGGAUGGAAGGCUAGUUUCCUUGCUGUGGAUUCCGGAUACGUUCAUCCCUGAUUCUAAACGUUCUUUUCUCCAUGAUGUCACUGUGGAAAAUAGACUCAUCCGGAUCUUUAGCAAUGGAACUGUGCUGUACGCUCUCCGUAUAACAGCAACCAUCGCCUGCAACAUGGAUCUUACCAAGUAUCCAAUGGAUAGACAAGAAUGCACCUUGCAACUAGAAAGCUGGGGUUAUAAUAUACAAGAUGUGGUAUUUUACUGGACCCGAGGGAAUGACUCAGUGAAGGGCUUAACUACAUUGCGUUUGGCCCAGUAUAGUAUAGAGAGCUACUACACGACUGUGUCUGAGGCUGUGUAUGAAACAGGUGUUUACCCAAAGCUAGUGCUGCAUUUUGCUUUGCGUAGAAAUGUUCUCUUCUUCAUCCUGGAAACAUAUGUGCCAUCAACACUGCUGGUGGUUUUGUCAUGGGUGUCUUUCUGGAUCAGUCAGUCCUCUGUACCAGCUCGCACCUGCAUCGGGGUGACAACCGUUCUUACGAUGACCACACUAAUGAUGGGUGCCAGGACCUCACUGCCCAAUGCCAACUGUUUCAUUAAGGCCAUUGAUGUCUAUCUCGGCAUCUGUUUCACCUUCAUCUUCGGAGCUCUGCUGGAAUAUGCUUGUGCUCAUUUCUGCACCAUGCAACACCAGACUAUUGUAGAUGUGCAGAGGGAACUUCUGAAAGAAUUCAAGGAAUCAAAUGGUACACAUUUGGUCAAUUCAGCAUCACCCAAAAAGAAAGAAACAAAAGACACUGCAGAGCAAGAAACAAAUGACCAAUCUGUAAUGUGUGACGGGGAUGAAUCGGUAGCAGAGAAGGAGAAAGGGUGUGGCUUGUCCUCUGUAAAGCAAAUGUAUCGCAAGUCAGCUUCUGUGAUGAGUGUUGAGAAUCCUCACAACAUUGACAGACACUCGCGCAUACUGUUCCCAAUGGCGUUUUUCAUCAUCAAUGUCUUCUACUGGCUGUACUAUCUUUUAUUCUAAUGGAUGGAAAUUCAACCUUUCACAUUUUCAUAAAUGACUUGAGUAUUGCACAAAUGACUGAAAAGAGAAAGAGCUGCUGAUUACAACAUCAAUUCCAGUUGAACAGUGCCACAUUAUGUUGUUUAUUGUUGCAUUGUUUCUAAGCAACAAGAAAGAUUACACGAACACACAUAAAUCUUCAUAUUGACUCAUCUGGACACAGGAGACAAGAACAAUUGCUUUGACAUUAUUGAUUUAUAAGGGGUCCAAUGCCUAUACAUCUGCUUAUUGCUUUAUUUAUUGUAUGAUUAAAAAACGUAAUGCAUUAUAGUGAUGUUGUAAACUCUAUAAGCACUGACCACAUUAAAGGUAAU